AUGUCGACGCUCACGUCCGCGCAGCUACACGUGAAACGAAGCUCCACACGCCUUCAUGCGCCGCCUGGUGGUGCCUCCAGUCUCUCCUUCGGUUGCGGAGGUCUUGGGACAGCUGAACCAGCCGAGCAAGCCCCUAACAAGGAAGAGCCUGCGUAUUCACGCCCAAGGAGCAGUGAUCGGUACGCACCUCCGGCUACCAGCUUCAGCAAUAACAACAACGAUGGUUGCUCGGGUUACUCGGUGUCCCAACCUGAACCGAUCCCAUACAACAACUACGCUCCACCACAGCAACCGUACGGACAGCAACCGUACCAACAGCAACCAUACCAGCAACAGCCGUACACGUAUCCAGCGCCUUACAACCCCACCACCCAAAACAACAACAGUUUCUCUAACCAGAACUACAGUAACAACAACGGGUUCCACGGCGGCCGUCCUCCGUCCUCCACGCCCAGUUCUCGUUCGAGUACUCGGUCCAGUUCCAGCUCGAGAUCCUGGGGUUCUCAACCUCCUCUCACGUCCUCGAAACGGGACCAAAACUGGGAGAAAAAACGACGACAGUGGCUAGCGCGCAAAAACAGCAGCAAUAACAACAACUAUGGCGAGCGAACAUCCACGCCCUCUUCAACUUGGAAUAGUAAUCCUGCUGGGGUGAUGCUUGAUGACAGCAUUAACCCUCCGUCCCCGCUCUCGAGGUUCAUGCACCAGCAGCAACAACAGCAGCAGCAACAACAGCAAUUUCCACCAACGCCAUGUGUCGACUAUCAAAGGCUAGGGACGGCCAACAGUACUCGAAGUACCACCAGCUACACGAACCACCAGCCAAACCCAACACCAAUCCAAACGCGGGGAGCGCGCUAUCCCCCGGCUGGUGCCCCUUUGUCUCGUGCUGGACUCUCCACGGCAUCUUCGACCACGUCGACAACUUCAAGCCGCAGACAGCCACCGGGAGGCCAAUGUCAGUGGUCGCUGGGAUGAAAACUACACAUUAUCGCGAUGCAAGAUGUCACCCGGUGCUUGAAGAAGACCUUGGUGAGUAUUAGUGCAGCUCCAGUUAAAGCAAGUGCUGGAAUGAAUCGUUGCGUUUGGCAU